GUUUUAGUUGGAACGUGGCUACUACUGAUCAAUGCAUUGGAUGAGGCAGGUGAAUUGAUCCAGACAAAACCACUGUCGAGAACAGAAAUGUACACAGCAGAACAUCGGCAGUGUGUGCACACUGGUGCCAAUGCGGCCAAAUUCGCAUUCCGGCGGGACUGGACUCACGACGAUGUCGACAAGUACCUCAGAGAACACGUUUUCCCGCGUCCGAUGGAGUAUGCACUUAUGCACAAGAAGGGUAAAAGUAAGGCGAGCUGUUGUUGGAAACUCGCCUUCAAGGAGAAACAACGAUUCGGACUCGCAGUGACCGAGGACCUUCCGACUGGCCAGGAUCUAUUCUACUAUCGAGGACGGUUUAAAUGUGGCACAGAUUCGAGCAUAAUUAUAGGUAUGAGUUAUGCCUUCCACCUGUUAAACUACUAA